UAUAGUUAGAAGUGGCAUUCAUUAUCAAUGGUCGACAUUUACAAAUUCGAAUAUUCAACAGGUCUACACGUUAAAAAAAUAUACAGAAAAUUAAUAUUAAUUUUAAUAAUUGUACGCCGAUAGUUAUUAUUUGUAAAUAAAUGGACAACCUGAAGUAUGAACACGACAAUGGCCCACAACAAAAUCCAACUGUUAACAAUGGCAAUUUGCAGUUAAAUUAUGAUACACCAAUCAACGAUAUUAUCUUGACAGUGGAUGACGUAGAAUUGUCAAAAUUUACUUCUAACCAGAAGAAUACAUUUAUCCAACAUACCAAAGACGUCUGUUUAAAAAAUGUAUCCAACUUUAUCAAAAGAAAAUUAUUUAUAUUGCAAUGGAUUCCCAUUUACUCAGGUGAAGACUUUCUUGGCGAUCUCUUAGCCGGCAUUACGAUCGGCUUAACUGUAAUACCUCAAUCAAUGGCAUUAGCCAGCAUAGCCGGCAUACCAGCUCAGUAUGGUCUUUACAGUUCCUUUGUGGGAACAUUUAUUUACUUACUAUUUGGCACAAGUAAAGUAGUCCCUAUGGGACCCACCGCCAUUGUGGCACUGUUAAUUAACAACACAAUCGGAAACCGAGGACCGGCGUACGCGACGCUGCUGUGCUUCCUGACGGGUUUCAUUCAGGUACUGAUGAGCUUCGCUGGCUUGGGGAUCAUCAUCAAUUUUAUAUCCGUACCGGUGUGCUCGGGAUUCACGUCAGCUUCAGCCAUUCUUGUCAUUACUUCUCAAAUGAAAGACCUGAUCGGCGUCAAGGGUGGCGGCGGAAACCUAUUGAAGAUGUGCCGAACUGUAUUGGAGCACAUCAGUAAUAUCAGCAUAGGAGACACGAUCAUGGGGAUUGCAUGCAUAGGAACGGUUAUGCUCUUGAAGGCAUUUAGUACAAAGCGGAUAGGUCCAAAAGAAGAAGAAUUACAAACCACGUUGCAAAAAAAUGUAAACAAGCUCAUCUGGGCGAUCGGUGCAUUUAGAAAUUCAUUUGUAGUUAUCGUAUGUAGUAUUAUUUGUUAUUGGUGUGUACAUAAGACAAACCAUGAUAUCACAUCAGAUUGGGCACCACCAAUCCCGUUCAAAAUCAUCGGCAAAAUACCCCACGGAUUGCCGCAUUUCCAGUGGCCAGAGUUUAGCAACACAAAUGAAAGUUUUUUAGACAUGAUUUUCUUCAUGGGCUCAGGCAUUAUUGUGAUACCACUCAUAUCAUUACUUGAAAACAUAUCCCUUUGUAGAACUUUUGCGGAAGGUAAACCAAUAGAUACGGACCAAGAAUUAUUGGCAAUCGGUAUGGCGAACAUCGGCAAUUCCUUCUUUCACGGUUUUACUGGGUCUGGAGCUAUCGCUAGAGGAGCACUCAACUAUUCGAGUGGCGUGCGCACGCCCUUAGGAGGCUUGUACACAGGACUUACUGUUAUGGCGGCAUUGGUGUUUUUGACACCAUAUUUCUAUUAUAUACCGAAGACCUCGCUAGCGGCCGUUAUAAUCGCUGCCUCAUUUAUGAUGGUCGAUGUCAAGAUGGUCAAGUACGUUUACAAAUCAAAAAAAAAAGAUUUGGUGCUCAUGUUGAUCACAUUUUUCGCAUGCUUGUUUCUUCCAUUGGAAUACGGCGUACUCAUGGGCAUCGUCGCGAACGUCGGGUUCAUAAUGUACAGUGCUGCUAAACCCAAAAUAUCCAUCCAAGUUCAAAAGAACCGAAACGGGAUAAAAUACUUGUUGUUGACACCCGACAGAUAUUUAAUAUUCCCUUCGAUGGAAUACGUACGGCAAACGAUAACCAAACACGGUCUCGCUCUUGGGAUUCCAGUAGUCAUCGACGGUUCCAAUAUAUUCGAGGCAGAUUUCACAACAGCAAACGUAUUUUCUAUGAUGUCACAGGACUUUUUAAAAAAAGGUCAAUUUCUAUAUUUAUUUAAUCUAAAACCCAGCGUAGCCAAUGUCUUUAAAGGAAUAAAAAAUUGUAAUAUUUAUUUAUGUGCAAAUAAAGACGAGUUAGACGAACUGCUAAGAAAUCAUUUUGGACCGUCACAAAUUCAAGAACAAUAUCAAAACGAAACAAUUUGGACUACAAAAAUGUAAACUUAAAUUUAAUGAUCUCUAAAUAAAAUACAAUAUAUUAAAAUCAAUUAAAUUAAGGAUGUGCUUGACAAUUUAAGACUUAGAUGUUUUGAUAACAAAACGAGUUGAAUGUAAUUAUUUGAUCAAGAUAUGAUAUCAUGUACAAAUAUAAUCGACAUGUUCUAGUACGUAAAAUGAAACUUAUAAGCCUAUAUUUUAUUAAAUUUUAUAAAGGAGCGUAUACUUAUAUACGAAUUUUUAUCAA